UUAAAAAAAUUAUAUUUAAAACCUUAUCGAUUGAAUAUUAAAUAUUCAACAGAUUGUAGUGGGACAAAACAUAAGAUUUUAAUACAACCUAACCUAAAAAAUGAUCCACGAAACCCUUUUUAACAUUUGGAAUUGUCCAGGGGAAUUUUUGGAUAAAACCGACUGGACGUAUUUAUUGGAGUUGCAAGAAUUUUCUCAUCCAGGUGAAGAGAAACUAUUAUUAUGGAUCAUAGAAAUAGCGAUGGAUUAUCACAAAAUUUGUGCUUUUACAAAGCAAGUUUUAAAUCCAAUUCCUGCCAUACCCUGCCCUCAACUACAAGAUUCCUUCGAUAAAGAUAAAUCAGUUAAAAUCUUACCACCAGGUUUGUAUACUCAAGCAUUUUGCAUGGGUACCCAAAAAGUGUUGGAGGGGUACAGAAAAGAAAUUAUCAGACUUGAAGAAAUGUUUUUGGAGAACCCUGCUUUGCCCCUUACAUAUAUUUUAAGUACUAUUGAGGGUUACAGAGGAUUAUUUUCACUGUUGAAGACAAUGAUACAAACUAUACAAACGGAGAAUUUACAUGGGUGUUUGUUAAUGGGCAGGUUACAUAAAUAUAUUAACUGUGGAAAUCAGGAACAAUCUAUGGCAGCAGAUAAGAUUAUACAAUCAAUAAACACAAUAUUCUAUAGACAUUUGUGUAAUUGGAUUAUUUAUGGUGAUUUAGUUGAUAUUUAUGGUGAAUUUUUUAUUUGCGAUGGUAAAACAGCAGAUGAAAAUUUCCAGGGCCCCACUCAGUUAGAUGAGUCGACUAUAGAUGUAAAAAAACAUUCCCAGUUUUUUAAACGUACUAGGAUUCAGCCCCCACCUUUGGUUCGUAAGUUUUUCAUAAACUGGAAAAUGGUUCCAAUAUUUAUAGAUGAAGAAACUGCUGAAAGUAUUUUAUUCAUGGGAAGAAUUGUCUGGAUUGUGAGAAAUGAUCCGAAAAAUUCUGGCGAUGAAAAUUACGAAAUUAAAUAUAAACGUGAUAUAUGGGAGGGAAAAGAUAUGGAAUAUUAUAAAAAAUUACAAGCUUUGGAAUCACAAAGUUUCAAUAAAGCAUUAUUUCAAAAAACUAUAGAGGAAUGCAGAUUAAAACUAACUAAGUAUUUAUGGACUGUGAUGUUGGAUGAGGGUCAUUUAAUGGAACAUCUACAGUUAAUAAGGGAUUAUUAUGCACUUGGAAGGGGAGAAUUGUUUCAGCAGUUUGUAACAGUUGCUGAAAAACAAAUGAAUAACAGAUCUACCAACUCUAUAGUGCAAAAUUUAAAUUCAGUGUUUUUGGAGACUGCUAGAAAAAUAUAUGGGGAGAAUGAUAAGACUUAUUUAAAAUUUGAGUUGGCAACUUCUAGAUCAAAUAUUUCAAAAACAAACCUUUGGGCAAGAUUGAAAAUUAAUUUUGAAGUGAAUUGGCCACUUCACAUUGUUUUUCAUCCAAAAGUGAUGGAGUUGUAUAAUAAGUUGUUUUGUUAUUUGUUAAGAAUGAAAAAAACACAAAUUGAUUUGCACAAAUUGUGGCAACUGCAUGCCCUCAAAAAAGGAUCUUCUGUUGAUAGAAGAGUUUGGACUUUGAGACAAAAAUUGAUGUUUCUUGUGAAUAAUUUGCAGUAUUAUUUACAAGUUGAUGUUAUUGAAGCACAAUUUUCUGUUUUAUUAAAAGCAGUUAAAAACGCAAGCGAGUUUGAGGAUAUUAUUAAACUACAUCACGAUUUUGUUAGUAAUUUGUUGGCGAAAACGUUUUUGUUGACUCCUGAUGAUAGCCAAACUUAUGAUAGUAAACAUAAGUUGUAUCAGAUUCCGGCUAUACAAUACAAUGAACCCAGCAAAGUUUAUAAUGUAAUUAUUCACUUAUUGGAACUUUGUGAUGAAUUUUGUUUGGUCGCGACGACAUGGGAAUUAAUUUUAACUGAACCUGAAGUUAUAGAUUUAAAUAAAUUUCAAAAAGAAUGUGAUAUUGUUGUAGAAUCUCUUUUACUAAUUUUACAAAGCUUACAUGAAAAAGCCAGUGGUCAACACUUAUUACAACUUAUAUUACAGCUUGAUUACAACAAAUAUUUCAGCAAAAAUCGUAUGGAUUUAAAUUUAACAAUGUCUUAAUCAUUUUAUUACCAUUUUUAUAAAUUUAUUUUAUUUAUUAAGUGUUAAAUAAAAUAUUGUUAUAC